AUGGAGACAUCAACCCCCUCAACAACGGUCCAGAUCCAGACGAAACGUGAUGUUACUAAGCAGUUUACAGUGAACGUCGUACCAAGAAUUACAGACAGAGUUCCGGUGACAUCCUUCAAGUAUCCUGGAGUCGAUAUUGUUGCUGAUGAUGAUACAGUUGGAGAGGUUGUUGAUGUACUCAUCGGGAACGACUACUUUGGCGCUAUCCUCACAGGAAGAAAGAUCCAGGUGUCCGAAGACUUUUGGUUGUUGGAUACGGAUUUUGGAUGGGUGCCUUCGGGGAAGCUUACUCCUGAAGAAAGAAGCGGAGUACUCUCAGUGGUCACAUACUGUCAAUGUCACACUCCUAGCUGCCCAUAUUUCAGCGAGCCAGAUCUGCCUUUGAGAAACAUAGACAUAAGGUUCUUAUGGUCAUUAGAGAACCUAGGGAUUACGGACUCUCCAAAAGCUACUAGACAAGAAGAAGCAGUUCGUCACUUCAAUGAGACGGUGCAAUAUCAGGAAGGCCGGUACUUAGUGAAAUGGCCCUGGAUUGAGUACCCACCAGAUUUGCCAUCAAAUUUUGGGUUGGCCUUAGGUCGACUGAAGAGUAACCUGAGAAGACUGGACGUGCAGUUGAUUAAGGAGUACGACUUGAUCUUGAAGGAACAACUUGACCUCGGAAUUAUAGAAGUCGUCACUAGAGGGUCAGACUUGAACGGGGACCACCCAAUUCACUACCUCGCCCACCAUAUGGUGAAACAAGAUGGCGGCGGCAAGGGGAGGAUAGUAUACGACGCUAGUGCCAAAAGUACCGGACAGAAAAGCCUCAAUGAGUGCCUUUACAGCGGACCUUCUAUGUUAGAAGACCUAACGGCGUUACUUUUGAAGUUCCGUACUAAGAGGUAUGGCAUACUGGCUGAUGUAGAAAAGGCGUUCCUACAAGUAGCACUUCAAGGGGAUGAUCGCGAUGUCACAAGGUUCCUCUGGUUAAAGGACACAACCAAGGAAGCGACGGAGGACAACCUACUAUAUCUGAGGUUCUGCAGAGUACCAUUCGGAGUCGUCGCGAGUCCAUUCUUACUGACAGCAACUAUCCGACAUUACAUAAGCCAGUCAAACAAGGCCUUGCUGAAACAAGUCGCUGACAAAUGCUAUGUGGAUAACCUAGUGACUGGAGCUGAUAGCCUGCAGGAGGCUAAGCAGAUCUAUGAGCAAACUAGAACAGUGUUUGAACAGCUGUCCAUGAAUAUGAGAGACUGGAUCUCAAACAACCAGAGCUUUAUGGACAUGAUACCAGAACGUCAUAGGUCAGUCAAACAUGGACAGGUUAAAGUGCUUGGACUUAUGUGGAAUGUCGAAGAAGACACGCUGAAACUGAAUUUGACUGAGGAUCACUUCAGCACAAAUCCUCCGAUUGACACAAAAAGAAAAGUUCUUCGGGCUCUAGCACAUGCCUCCAAAGACGCUUAUGCUGCCGUUAUCUACCUUAAGGUGAUUGAAAAUGGACAAGGCAAAUCAGUCUCGCUUUUGAUGGCAAAAUCACACGUGUCACAGACCACAGACAAGGAUGAAUUAAAAAUGCCCAAGUUAGAAUUACUAGGAUUUCUGAUUGGAAGCAGACUCCUGAAAUAUGUAAGGAACAACCUUGAUCUUGAUAUUGAGAAAGAAUAUUUGUGGUCAGAUAGUUUGGUUGUACUUAGUUGGAUGAGGUCGAACAAACUGCUCCCACCCUUUGUUGCCAACAGGGUAAACGAAAUCAAGCGUGACCAUCCUAACACAGAGAUGUUCUACGUCCACACAAAAGCAAAUCCUGCUGAUAUUGCUACGCGCCCAGAGCUGUUCGAAGAGAAAAGGCAACUUUGGUUUAACGGGCCGGAGUUUCUUGUCAACGAAGAAUCAUGCUGGCCCCAAAAUAGACUCUAUGAGGCACAUCAGAACUUUCUUUCUGUUGGGGAGGUCCUGGGUGACGACCCAGGUGAGCCGACACAGGUAGUACCCAUUGGUGAUGACGCUGACCAGAGUGAGGACCUAGAGCAAGGAAGUCCCAGUGAUCCCGUUGAACCAAUGGAUACCCAGGAUUUGAGCGUACCUACAGAGAGUGGCGAAUAUCCUACUGAUGGAAGCAUGGAACUUGACAAUCCUGAAAAUCAUAGUGAAGGAGACAUCCAGCAGCAGACCAUUGUUGCCAAAAUAGUGUCCGAGAUAAAAGAUCUACAAAGAAAGCACUUCCAAGAAGAACUAGAUGGUAAAAGGACUCAUUUAGCACGAAACCUAGAUCUCUUUGCCGAUGUGGACGGCCUUCUUAGGUGCCGCGGACGUAUGGCGAACACCACCUGGAGCUAUGACAUGAAGUAUCCGAUACUACUGCCAAAGAAUUCUGAGUUCACUGACAGAAUCAUAAAAGAGACCCAUGAGAGUAACUACCACGUCGGUGCUCCACAUACAUUGAGUAUCAUCAGGGAACGGUAUUGGAUACCCCAAGGGAAAGCCCAGGUGAUGAAGGUGCUAAAGCGAUGUACCCAGUGUGUCAAACAUGGCGGCGGUCCAUAUCGUUUACCAGCCACACCGGCGCUGCCUCCAGAACGAGUAAAUUACAACAGACCCUUUACUUACACUGGUGUUGAUUAUCUAGGGCCGCUAUUCGUGAGUACCCAGACUGGUAAAGAGAAACGUUGGGUAGCGUUAUUCACUUGUUUGACAGUACGAGCAAUACAUCUCGAGAUCGUGAAGGACCUUUCGGCUGAAGAAUGUCUACUAGCCUUGCGACGGUUUAUAGCUGCUAGAAACAAACCACAACGGAUGUACUCAGAUAAUGCAACUUGUUUUAAGUUGGUCGCUGCAAUGGUACAACAUCCACACUGCGUUAAGAAUGACAUACAGUGGAAAUUCAUAUGUCAACUAGCACCGUGGCAUGGAGGGUUUUACGAGCGGCUUGUGGCCUUAGUGAAGCAUUGCCUUAAAAGAACCCUAGAAAAACACCUUCUCAAUGAUACCAGGUUACUGACGGUGAUAAAGGAAGUGGAAACAGUGCUGAAUUCAAGACCACUGACCAGAGUCGGUACAGAUGUGGAACAUGUUCUCUGCCCGGCAGAUUUCUUAAGCCUAGGACAAUGUUUGACUAUGAGACCAUCUGCUGCAGAUAUUCCGACUUGUAACACUGCUACAAAGAGUGACCUGUUUGAGAGCUGGAAGAGAGGAUGCAAUAUCCUAGCAGAAUUUAAGAGAAUGUUCGUCAUGCAGUAUCUUGCUAGUCUGAGAGAGAGGUACAACAACUCACCCAAGCAGCCUAGAGUUAAAUCUCAUCGAUCACCACAAGUAGGCGACCUUGUACAGGUUAAAUCAGAUCUCAAGAACAGAAACCUCUGGAAAGUGGGGAAGAUCCACGAGCUGAUCAAGGGAAGUGAUGGUGAAUGUAGAGUAGCGAGGGUCAAGGUUGACGAUUCUACUUUAACACGUUCCAUUGGCCAUCUCUACCCUCUGGAGGUAGAUGACGAGAUGCCUGAAGUAGAACCUGUAGCGGGAGGCUCGGCUGAGAUUGGAGAGGACAGCGGGGAGUUGGAAGUUCCAGACAGAGUGAAUGAUCACGUACCUGUGCUUGUUGAACAACUGGAGGUCGACGCGGAUGAUCUGGCUGAGUGUGACGUGACUAGUCACAAUGAUGUCCCACCACCAGAGGAACAGCCAGAGGAAAGAGACGUUGUCAGAAGCAAGCGGAUCGCAGCCAUUCGUGCCAGGGAUAAAAUCCUGGAGUGGACGCGACACCUGCUGGCCCUGCUGCAUUAA